CAAAACAAAAGAAGUAAUAAACCGAAAAAUUUUUUUUAUUGUACAAUAUAGAAGGCAGCAGGACGCGAUGGGUACUAUUUUAGAAAAUUUAAGUGGAAAAAAAUUAACAAUUUUAGUGUCUUGUCUAUUAAUCUUGCAAAUAAUAUGUUUUUUAAUUGGUGGUUUAAUUGCACCAAUCCCAGCAUCUCAUCAAAACGUUUUUGGUCUUGUGUGUCGUGAUAAAGUAAAUUCUUUCAAUGACACGUCUAUUUGGUUCUAUUCAAGAGGAAUUGGAAAAUGUGAUUCAGUUAACGGACCUGAAAUUGAAAACCACGAUACGAAUAUGAAAAAUGAAAUUGUUUAUGUCUUUCAGAUGCCAUUGCCACGUGAAGGUCAAGUUUUAGAUUAUUCGAGAUGGCAACAAAACUUAAUAGGAGUCCUUCAUGUUGAUAUCGCUUUUGAAAAACAAGUGCUAUUCAAUCCGCAUACUAUAUUAACCAUUGAUGCAAGACUUGCUUAUAGAAAUAAAGGUGAUGCUGACGGAGAUUGGAAACUGUUAGCUAAAUCAAUAGAACACCGCCACUUAGAUUGUGAUGUUCAACAUGUGUCCCAAGACGAACGAUCUUGCAAUGUGAUACCCUUAUUUGAACUUGGCUCUUUACAUCACGACUACUAUUUAUUAAAUAUUCGUAUACCUACUGAUUCUGGAUUAGAUUGGAAUACGAAAAUUGGACACAUUGAUGAUUUACAACUGAUAACAAUAUAUCAAAAUGGUGGCUUUACAAAGGUUUGGGUAUCACUCAAAACAAUAUUUUUCCCAUCCAUUAUUGCUAUAAUGGUUUGGUUUUGGAGACGUGUAAAUAUUUUACAAAGAGCACCAGCUUUAUUAGAGUACAUGUUACUGUACUUAGGAAUCGCUUUGACAUUUUUAAAUAUGCCUAUGGAAUACUUGACAUUAUUUUUCGAAAUGCCAUUUAUGUUACUAUUGAGUGAUAUUCGUCAAGGUAUAUUUUAUGCUAUGCUUUUAUCAUUUUGGCUAGUUUUUGCUGGAGAACAUAUGCUGAUACAAGAAUCAGGCGAAAAAAAUUCUUUAAAAAUAUAUUGGAAGCAUUUGAGUGCUGUUGUAGUUGGAUGUAUUUCUUUAUUCAUUUUUGACAUGUGUGAACGUGGUGCCAAGCUCCGUAAUCCGUUUUAUUCAAUUUGGACGUCUAAAUUUGGGACGAAUCUAGCUCUCUGUUUCAUAGUUUUAGCUGGAAUAUCUGCUGCAAUUUACUUUAUUUUCUUGUGUUAUAUGGUAUGGAAAGUUUUCUGUAACAUAUCAGUAAAACGUACAACAUUACCAUCUAUGUCAAAUGCAAGAAGAUUACAUUAUGAAGGAAUUAUUUAUCGUUUUGAAUUUUUAAUGUUAGCUACAUUAUUAUGUGCUGCAUUAACAGGUGUGGGAUAUAUAUUAGGACAAUUUGCUGAAGGGCAUUGGAAAUGGGAUGAUAAUCUUGAAUUACAAGUUACUUCAGCUUUUAUGACCGGCGUAUAUGGAAUGUGGAAUAUUUAUAUAUUUGCCCUAAUUAUAUUGUACGCUCCAAGUCAUAAGCAAUGGCCAAAAGAUAAUAAUUUAAAUGAAAAUAUUGUAAGUGAAGAAAUAGAAUUUAAUAAUUUGCCCUCUGACUCAAAUCCAAGUGAAAUAUCAUCAUUAACAUCAUUUUCUCGUAAAGCCGCUUUUGAUUAAAUUUUUAUGGAGAAAUUUGUAUCUUAUACUUGACAUUAUUUUUAGUAUGUACUAUAAAAUUCAAAAUGAAUAUAAUAUGUAUACAUAUUUUAAAAUUAAUGUAAUUGUGAAAAAAAAAUUUGUUUUAAUAAGAAUAUAUGUAAUCUCAAAUGAUUAAUUUUUCAGUAUUAUAUAAAAAAAUAAAUGCAAAACAAUUUUCUAAUAAUUUAUCUCAUAAGCAAUAACAUAGAUUUAAUCUUUUUUCCAUUUGUUGUAGUAUUAACACUUAUUUUUUUUUUUAUAAAACAUGUAUGUGUCAUCUUUGUGUAGCUUUUAAUGUAAAAACUCUAAUAAUUUUAAAUAAUUUAUUGUUACAAUUUAAGAAAUAAUUUUAAUAUUUUUCAAAUUUUGUGUAAAAAAAAAAGAUUGGUGUCCGUUUAAGACAUAACAAUUUAUUGAUAUAUCAAAAAGUAAAUGUACUCAUUUUUCAUUUGUGCCAAUGUACUUAAUAAAUAAUAAAACAAAAAUAUUUAACAUUUGUUAAAUAAAUAAAAAAAAAUGUACUUAAAAUAUAUAAAUCUCUGUCAAUGAAACACAAAUAGUUUUAGUUUCAGUAAAAAUCUGAAAAAAAAAACAUU